AUGGUCAAGAAUGCAUCCACGUUGAACCUCGAAGCACCUCAGCCGGCCCUCUCGAACCCAACCCGCGGUAUCCCAAUUUUGACUUCCAUCUCAAACUCAAACACGUUCGCACUGAUCCCAAACCGCAGCUCGUUUCAACUCUAUAAAUACCUCUCAACCUCAAUCCUUCAUCAGCACGAAACACAAGCACUUAAAUCCCUCUCAAAAAUGGCAAAAACUCUUCUUCUCGCCUUUUUUAUAGCAGGAGUUCUCCUCCCGAGAACCCUAAUGGCUCAAAACUGCGGCUGCGCUGCCGACCAGUGCUGCAGCAAGUGGGGUUAUUGCGGCACCGGCGAUGAAUACUGUGGCACUGGGUGCCAGGCGGGUCCCUGCAACGCUGCACCGACAACUAACGACGUUUCGGUGGAGAGUAUUGUGACGAAUGAGUUCUUUAAUGGGAUUAUUGACCAGGCUGAUGCGAGUUGUGUUGGGAAAACCUUCUACUCUCGAUCAACUUUUCUUGAUGCUCUUGGCUCGUUCUCUACAUUUGGGAGGAUCGGCACUGACGAGGAUUCUAAACGUGAAAUUGCAGCCUUCUUUGCUCAUGUUACUCAUGAAACUGGACAUUUUUGCCAUACUGAAGAGAUAGAUGGUGCCACUAAGGACUAUUGUGAUGAAACAAACACACAGUAUCCCUGCAACCCUAGCAAAGGCUACUAUGGUCGUGGACCGAUUCAACUAUCCUGGAAUUUCAAUUAUGGACCGGCCGGAAAUGCCCUUGGCUUUGAUGGAUUAAACGCUCCUGAAACUGUUGCCAAUGAUCCUGUUAUAUCAUUCAAGACUGCCUUAUGGUAUUGGACCAAUUCAGUUCAACCUGUAAUGAACCAAGGGUUUGGUGCAACCAUUCGCGCCAUUAAUGGUGCUCUUGAAUGCGAUGGUGGAAACCCAAGCACGGUUCAGACUCGGAUUAACUAUUACACUGAUUAUUGCAACCAACUUGGUGUUUCUCCUGGGGGGGGGGGGGGGGUUUUGGGGGAGAUAAGCUUACCCGGCUAA